UGUUGGGGCGCCUGGAAUUAGCGAUUCUCAUAAGGAUAGAUGCGGAAGAGUCGGCACUCGUCACCGAUCUCUCCGUCAGAGAUUCUUUGGAUUCGAAAAGAUAAGAGAGAAAUUGCGUCUGUAAGAUUCUAUAUAUUGUAGGAAGCGUUUGGAUGUUCCAUGCAAUCUAAUCUAAUAAUAACCUCUGAAUUUCAACUACAACGUAUUUCUCUCUUCGCAAUAACUCUGUUACGCAGUUCCUUCUCAUGUACAAACCACUAUGGAGAUGCUCUCACUCAAGAAUCAAGGCGGUCCACUCGUCAGCAACAUGUAUUGAAUAAUGAGAAGGUGAUGGCAGCUGCGGAAGCAAGGGUCGGCCAUUGCUUUGUCCAAGAAGAUGCUAAGAGAGCUCCGGAGCUAACUUGCUGCCUGUCAUCAUCAUCUAAACUGCAGUCUGAUGCAUCUGAUAAUGAUGCAGCAAGCAGGCCAGAUCAGCCUGCCCCAAGUCUCAUGCCUAUCAACUGGAAUCCUGGCAAUUCAAAUCUACAGGCUGACACAAGAUGGUGGCUCCAGUUACAACCCAAUCACAAGGAUUUCACAUAUGAAGGACUAGAUGCCUUGGAGGCCAAGAUUGAAAGGUUGAGAGAUGGCGAAGUAAACCCCACUUCUAAGCUUCAGCAGGCUCCACUUACAUCUGUAGAUGAUGAUGUUGGUCUUAAAAAGAACGGUCGCUCAUCUUUGGAGUUGAAUUGGAGGGUGUCGGCCCCUUGCUUGAAGCAUGAUUCUGAUGCAAGAGUGCAAGAGUUGAGGGAUGUAAACAAGCAGACACUGCAGCCGCUCAAGCCCAAGUUGUGUGUGGGUCAAUACGGAUUGUUGAUGGGUCAAUUUCAGAUGCCCCUGAAAAAGCUUCUUUACAUUUGGUGA